AUGGAGCUGCGCUCGGAGCUGCCCAGCGUGCCUGGCGCGGCCACGGCGGCGGCCACGGCGACGGGGCCGCCCGUGGCGUCCGUGGCCUCCGUGGCGGCGGCGGCGGCGGCGGCCGCGUCUCUGCCCGUGAGUGUGGCGGGCGGUUUGCUGCGGGCGCCGCCGCUCCUGCUGCGGGCGGCGGAGAAGUACCCGAGGACGCCCAAGUGCGCGCGCUGCCGCAACCACGGCGUGGUGUCGGCCCUCAAGGGCCACAAGCGCUACUGCCGCUGGAAGGACUGUCUGUGCGCCAAGUGCACGCUCAUCGCCGAGCGCCAGCGCGUCAUGGCCGCGCAGGUGGCGCUGCGCCGGCAGCAGGCGCAGGAGGAGAACGAGGCGCGCGAGCUGCAGUUGCUCUACGGCACGGCCGAGGGCCUGGCGCUGGCCGCGGCCAACGGCAUCAUUCCGCCGCGACCCGCCUACGAGGUCUUCGGCUCGGUGUGCGCCGCCGACGGCGGGGCGCCUGCAGCGGGGGCGCCCGCGGGGACCGGAGGCGGCGGCGCAGCGGGCGCCGGGAGCUCAGAGGCAAAGUUACAGAAGUUCGACCUGUUCCCCAAGACGCUGCUACAGGCCGGCCGCCCGGGCAGCCCGCAGCCUCAGGGGAAACCCUUGUCGCCCGACGGCGCGGACUCGGGUCCUGGGACGUCGUCCCCCGAAGUGCGGCCGGGCUCCGGCUCGGAGAACGGCGACGGAGAGUCCUUCUCGGGGUCGCCCCUGGCCCGGCCCCCUAAGGAGGCAGGUGGCAGCUGCCCCGGCAGCGCCGGCCCCGGAGGCGGCGGCGAAGAGGACAGCAGGGGCUCCGCCAGCCCUUUGGGCUCCGAGUCGGGCUCCGAGGCCGACAAGGAGGAGGCCGAGGCGGUGCCGGCGCCGGGGCUGGGCGGAGGGCCGGGGCCUCGGCAGCGGACGCCGCUGGACAUCUUGACGCGCGUCUUCCCUGGCCACCGGCGGGGCGUCCUGGAGCUGGUGCUGCAGGGCUGCGGCGGCGACGUGGUGCAGGCCAUCGAGCAGGUGCUCAACCACCACCGCGGGGGCCUGGCGGCCGGCCUGGGGCCCCUCGCGCCCCCGGAGAAAGCCGCGGUGUGCGCCGUGGCGGCCGCGGACGACGCCUGGCCGGGCCGCGUGGACGCGGCCGCGAGCGGGGGCCCCGCGCUGCCCGGGCCGCUGCAAGCGGGCCCCGCCGCGCCGCCGCACCACAGACCUUUGCUGGCCGGAGCCAUGGCGCCCGGGGCCCUGGGCUCGCUCAGCAGCCGCUCGGCCUUCUCGCCGCUGCAGCCCAACGCCAGCCACUUCGGCGCCGACGCCGGGGCCUACCCGCUGGGCGCCCCGCUCGGCCUCAGCCCCCUGCGCCUGGCCUACUCGGCGGCGGCGGCGCACAGCCGUGGCCUGGCCUUCAUGGCCCCCUACUCCACCGCCGGCCUCGUGCCCACGCUCGGCUUCCGGCCGCCCAUGGACUACGCCUUCAGCGACCUGAUGCGCGACCGCUCGGCCGCCGCCGCCGCCGUGCACAAGGAGCCCUCCUACGGCGGCGGCCUCUACGGGCCGAUGGUCAACGGGGCCCCCGAGAAGCAAUAG